AUGUCCUUGUGGGCGAAAUUCGCGGCCGUGAUGCGCGCGUCACGGCGGUGCCGUAGGGGAGCGGCACGCCCGGAAUCUGCGCCGGGUCGUGCAGCACGGCGGCUCGAAGACGAAGGCGAGCGCGGGGGCGGUGAAGUUGAUAGAAAUGCUGUAGUGCUCCCGCGCGAGCUGGCUAACGAAGACGGCUUGCCGCCUAAAUCGAUACAACUCCUCAUUGAAGUCUAUAACGUGGAAGACGCCAUCCGACUCAUCGACCAGGGGCUGAUCAUCGAAUAUAUGCACCAUAACUGCGAGCGCUUCGAGGGCGAAGCGAGAGCUACACAAUGCUUCAACUGCGGCAAAUGGGGACGCAAAGCGAAGUUCUGCACUGUUACGAAUCCCUGA